AUGGGGCCCAAGUCGUCGCACAGCCGCAAGGGCAAGAAGGCCUGGCGGAAAAAUAUUGAUACAACAGAUACAGCGGACGAGAGCCUGGAGCCCAGGUCCCUGCAGCAGCGCAGGCGCCGGCGUGAGCCCAAGCCGCUCAAGUCGCAGCUCAUCAUCGACGCCGGGCGCGUGAUCAAGCCGGAGGCGCCCAAGCGCAAGCCCGUAGGCGGCAUCAAGCCAAAGCCGGGCACCCCUGCAGCGUUGGCUGCGGCUGCACAAGCUGCGGCGGUGGUGGCUGCUAACCGCAGCAAGAAGCAGCAGCGGAGGCGCAAGUCCAAGCCUGGGGAUGAGGCUGUGGCGGACAUCUGGGCGGCCACUGGCAACGCCUCAGCUGCAGAGGAGUGGGCGACGACAGUGUCAGGCACACAGCUGCUGCAGGCCGGCCAGCAGCAACAGGACAAGCCGCAGCUGCCGCGUCUGCGGGGGCGAGCUGCACUGCGGCCGAUCCCUGCCGUCGAGGUCGAUGCGGCUGGGUGCUCCUUCAAUCCGGAGCCUGAGGCGCACCAAGAGGCGCUCGCGGCAGUGGUGGCAGCGGUUGUGAAAAAGGAGAUUCGCAAGGAGCUCGCACCUCAGGCGCCACCCCAGCACGCACCAGAUGGCUAUGUGGCGCCCAAGGACCCUAUCCUAGCGCUGCUGGGUGACGGGGUGACGGCGGCUGGCAGCGAGGACGAGGACGAGGAGCAGCAGCAGCAAGGGCUCGAGCAGACCAAGGGCGGCAAGCGGCAGCGCGGCGUUGACGCCGCCGGCGCGGACCCCAACGCGAUUGACCUGGACGGCGGUGACGAGGAGGAGGAUGGCCAGGCCCAGGGCAGUGAGGCUCAGCAGCGGCAGCAGCAGGAGCAGCAGCAAGGGGUGGCAGGCGGCAGCGAGGAUGAGGGUGCGCCACGCGGCGGUCAGACGAAGAAGACGCGUGCCGACCGCAACCGCGAGGCGCGCCGCCGGGCGCAGGAAGCCGAGGCAGCGGCGCGCUCUGCGCUGAAGCGCCAGCGGCGGGAGCUCGACAACGUGGGCAGCCUGCAGGCGCAGCUGCAAGAGGAGGAGGAGGAGCGUGCGGCGCGGCUGCUGCGGCGGCAGACAGUAGCGGCAGAGAAGGCUGCGAGCAGGCCGCCGCGGCUGGGCAAGUUGCGGUACGUGGACGCGCCACCGCCGGUGCUGACGAGCGAUGAGGUCACAGGCAGCCUGCGGCAGCUGGCGCCGUACCCCAUGGUGGCCGCGGAGCGCUACCGCGCGCUGCAGAAGCGCGGCGUGAUUGAGGUGCGGCGGCCGGUGGGCAGCCAGACCAAGGGCAAGAGGGUGGAGUACAUGACAGGGGUGCGCACGGAGAAGGCUGCGGAGCGGCAGGCCGAGGUGGACGCGCUCAAGCGCACGCGCGUCAAGGCCGGCCGCAAGGCCAAAGCAGCGGCGGCAAGGGCAGGCAAGGCGGGGCUGGUGGGCAGCGAGCGGCAGGUGCUGGACAGUGAGCUGGGAGCAGCCACUUUGGGUUGGUGA